AUGAAUUCAGAUUACGAGAACUUCAAUCUCCCAAACAUCAAGAUCCACCACCCUUCAUCUCCUCGUCACUCCCACCACCACUCCUCCCCCACUCCUUCCGGCGCUACUCCAACCCCAACCGCCGGCGCUCGCCGUAAGAUCGGAGUCGCCGUUGACCUCUCCGAAGAGAGCGCCUUCGCCGUCCGCUGGGCCGUCGAUCACUACAUCCGCCCCGGAGACGCCGUCGUCAUCCUCCACGUCUCCCCCACCUCCGUCCUCUUCGGCGCCGAUUGGGGACCUCUCCCUCUAACUCAGCCUCCUUCCGUCGCCGAUCCCGUCGCUCCAGGUCAGCAGCCGCAGCCCAGCCAGGAGGAUUUCGACGCGUUUACCUCAUCCAAGGUAGCGGAUCUCGCGAAGCCGUUGAAGGAAGCUGGGUUCCCUCACAAGAUCCACAUAGUGAAGGAUCACGAUAUGAGGGAGAGGCUCUGCUUGGAGACUGAGAGACUCGGCCUCAGCGCCGUGAUCAUGGGAAGCAGAGGAUUCGGAGCUGAGAAGAGGGGAAGUGACGGAAAGCUGGGGUCUGUGAGUGAUUACUGUGUUCACCACUGUGUUUGUCCCGUCGUUGUGGUGAGAUAUCCUGAUGAUCGCGACGGUCCUGAGCCUGGAAACGGUGGUGGAGGGACUCGGGCAGCUAUUGUCACGGUGAAAUCUGGGAGGGACGAUGACGAGGAUGAUGAAGAACAUGAGGCUAAGAUUGCUGCUGCUUCCUCUCAUCAUCAUCAUGAUCACAUCAAAGGUUAG